AUGUCUGAAGAAGACGAUGAAGCCCUAUUCAAUGUCGGCUUGGGAGGUGCUGAUGACUAUUUAUACGAUGAUGGAGAUGAUGAUAUGAAUGAGUCGCCACGUCUGCAUUCAAUUGAUUUUGGUUCCACUAGCAAUAGAGGAGGUGGCGCUCCAAGUAUUGAUGAUAUUCCACUUAUGGAGAAAGACGAG